AGAUGCAGAGAAUGCCUCAGUUUGGUUAACAGGGACACUGGGAGAGAAAAUACCACCUUUUACUUCUGCAGCCUGUGGGGAGGACAGGGAGGGGAAAAAAAGGGACUGGAUUAAAGCACAAGGCUCCCACCCAGCUCCCUGUCAAUGACUCACUAAAAUGGAGCUUAGCCAGUGAUCAAGCUGUGAGGGGCCUUGAUCACACACUGGGACUCCAGGCCUGUCCUUCUGCUCUGACCCUGCAGCUGGAGGCACCGCCAGGAGCAUGAGUGUGGGAAGGAUCAAUCGCUACAGCAUUGUAUCAUCUGAAGAAGAGGCCCUCCGCCUCACUACCAUGCAUGGCAUGAACGGCUUCGGUAAUGGCAAGAUCCACACACGCCGCAAGUGCCGCAACCGCUUCGUCAAAAAGAAUGGCCAGUGCAAUGUGCAGUUUGCCAAUAUGGACGAUAAAUCGCAGCGCUACAUGGCCGACAUCUUUACCACUUGUGUUGAUAUUCGCUGGCGAUGGAUGCUGGUAGUCUUCACUCUUGUGUUCGUUGUUUCCUGGCUAGCCUUCGGCUUAGCCUUUUGGGUUAUUGCUUUGCUACACGGAGAUCUGGAUAACCCAGCUGGAGAUGAUAACUUCACCCCAUGUGUCCUACAGGUCAAUGGAUUUGUGGCUGCAUUUCUAUUCUCCAUUGAAACACAGUCUACCAUAGGUUACGGCUACCGCUGUGUGACUGAAGAGUGUCCAGUGGCUGUUUUCAUGGUAGUCUUCCAGUCCAUAGUAGGCUGCAUCAUUGACUGCUUUAUGAUUGGCGCCAUCAUGGCCAAGAUGGCGAGGCCUAAGAAGCGAGCACAAACCCUGUUGUUUAGCCACAACGCUGUCAUUGCCAUGCGGGAUGGAAAGCUGUGCCUCAUGUGGAGGGUAGGGAACCUUCGCAAGAGCCACAUUGUAGAGGCCCAUGUCAGGGCACAGCUCAUCAAACCUCGGAUUACUGAUGAGGGGGAAUAUAUUCCUCUAGACCAGAUAGACAUUAAUGUGGGCUUUGAUAAAGGCCUUGACAGGAUUUUUUUGGUUUCACCCAUCACUAUUCUCCAUGAGAUAGAUGAGGAAAGCCCCCUUUUUGGUAUCAGCAAACAGGACUUGGAGACAGCAGACUUUGAGAUUGUCGUCAUCUUGGAGGGGAUGGUUGAAGCAACUGCAAUGACCACGCAGGCUCGCAGCUCCUACUUGGCCUCUGAGAUCCUUUGGGGACAUCGUUUCGAGCCAGUGUUGUUUGAAGAGAAGAACCUGUACAAGGUGGAUUACUCUCACUUUCACAAAACCUAUGAGGUGCCGUCCACCCCUCGCUGCAGUGCCAAGGACAUGGUGGAGAACAAGUUUCUAGUCCCCAGCUCUAACUCCUUCUGCUAUGAAAAUGAGCUGGCCUUCCUAAGCCGAGAUGAUGAGGAGGAGGACAUAGGUGGUGGGAGCAGGGCACUGGCGAACCUCAGUCCAGACCGGAACAGCCGACAUGAGUUUGAACGUUUACAGGCCACCAGGGUGCUGGAUCAAAGGUCAUAUCGUAGAGAGUCAGAAAUAUGACCUCUACCCAUUGACCCAGGGUCAACUUUCAAUAACUUUAUCCAAGGGUAAAAAUGCAGAACAAUGCAAAGUGCCAUAGGAAAAGCUGACUACUGUGAAAGAUUGGGAAAGAAAUAAGACAACAGCAAAAGGGACUUAACUGGAAGGAAUGGGGGAAAGCACGGGGAGU